AGGAGCUGCCUCGACGAUGAGCAAAACCACUGUCCUUGGAUAUUCAAAAAUGACGCUGCAACAGAACAUGUCGUUCACAUGAAGACAAGUCGCCGUGAUGAAGUCUGCCUUCUCAACAUGGCUAGCAGACGUAAUCUUGUCGUGCGCGAAUGAGAAACCAUUGCAGAAAAGCUUCGGGAGGUUGUACUCGACGAUAAAUAUCAGACCAGAUGUAAAAAAUGCAAGGUCGAACACGUCAAAUGAAAGUGAACGAAUGUCGAGCAACUCUCAAACAUCACUCCACACUCGUUGUGCUUGCCGACGAGACACUCGUACCCCCCUUAAAAUGCAACAACCUCACACACGCAACCGUCUCCAACGUCCUUCCAUCAGUAUAAUACUUAAGCGCCAAACAAUGAGCCAUCUCACAACCGCUCGGCACCCACCCCAAAUUCUCCAUAGCCGUAAGAAGCGGGCGAUCAGCCUCCUUCCCACGAUAUUCCCGCAGCUUAUCCAACGCUUCCUCAACUCCUGUCUCGAGUCCGCACCGUUCCACCAGGGACGCUACAAACAUGGCGCAGAGCUGACAUUGCGGUUGCUGGAGCACGCUGUUGAUGAACAUUUGCAUGCUUGGGUAGUGCUCAAUGAGGCGGUCGUGUUUGAGCGUCGUUGAGAAAAAAGGUCGCAGUUCCGUCAGGACCCGAUCGCACCAGAAGCAUAGUUGGUGAGGUAUAAGAAAUGCAGCCUCGGUGUCAUCCGGCAUCGUGGGUAUACUUCAGGGCUGGGUUUACAUGAUGGGGUCUAGGAAUAGCACAGGUGAUCAGGCCUGGAAAUGGCAUAGGUGAUGAAGUUUGAAGAUGCAUAGGUGGUCGGGUUCGAAGAGGCAGAGAUAAUCAGGCCCGAAGAGAAAGAAGUGACCAGGGUUGAAGAACGCUGCGCUGACACAAGUGGGGUAUCCUCCGCAUC